CCGAUGACCACCAUGCCCGCGUCUCCCGCGGCACCGAUCCAAUUUUGCGUGCGCAAGGGCAAGUGGGUCUUCCGCUGUAUGGUCGAAAGUGAUCCGCGUGAUUUAUUCCACCGACGGAACUAUGACUUUGUCCCGCAGCUUGAGUCGGGCGACAUUCAGGUGACCAAGCGCGUGAGCUUAGCCGAGCUUCAAGGGAUCGUUGCAGAGUCGGUGGCAGAGAUUCCAGAGUUCUACAUCGCGUCAACCACCGACGCGUCUGCCGAACAUGCGACUGGGUUUGCCCAAUUCCGUCACUACCUUUUCAGCCGAAACAGAGCGGGAGUGGCAUCUCUUUCGCCUCAAUAUUGGCUCAUCUUCCUUCCCGACGACAUCGACAGUCGACUCAAAUGCCUUGUUGUCGAACGCUCAGCAAUAUCUCAACCCCCAGAGCAACCAUUAAGGACCACCACACCUCCUGUUCCGACUACAGCUGCGUCCAUGCACGCUGCAGACCUAUCAGAACUUGGCAAAAGCGCCUCGGUCGAGGUCAAGGGGACAGCCUCUCUCCAGUCAUCCUCAGGAUCCGCUGAAGAGACAGUCAGUACGACCCAGACCCCAGGAAAGUCGUCCUCCGAGAAGGGUGGCAUUGGCGCAUCAUCAUGGAACGAUUUCAUACGCAUCCACCGCACGUUCCACGCAGCGCAAUACUUGAUUCAUGCAAGCGGACCGCUCGAAACAGCGGCCACGUCGUCGAUGAAUGCGAAGCGAGUAAAACACCGCUAACGUUUGCGUUUGGACACUGCCAUGGAGUGCUGAAUGCCAACGCGAUGCUUCGUCAGGUCCAGCGACUGCUGCAGAACCCCCGACAGUAUCAACUCGGGAGUGUGCAUGGGUGCGUCGAUCAGCUUGCCAAGUUUCUUUCGAAUCGAUUUGACCGCCAGCGCUUCGGCGGAAGCAAUCACUAUCACGCCGUCGUCGUGAGCCGUGGAACUCGAGCCGGUGGGCAGCACCUGCAUCACCAACCACAUAUAAAUUCAUGUCGAUCGUACGAGGCAAUGUGUACCUCGCCGCCAG